UUAACGGGAACAGAUCUAGCUUUUCGCUCCCAAAAUUGAUUCUUCUAAAAAUAGUUACAUUUGUCCAAGCUAUGAAGCCUUUGGUGCACAUUUCAAUUUGCAUCUUGGCGUGUGUUGCACAAUACGCGUUAUGUGCAAGUUUUCCCGAACAUAAUUUAUCAUCGGAUGAUAUCAAGAAGCAGCUGCAUGAUGUCAAGGAGCAUUUAGAGAAAUUUAAUUCGCAUUAUUUAUUACAUCUCGAGCAACGCAUGCUGAACAUUCUGACGACCAUGACCAGCCUCGAUUCCAACGUGAAGAAUCUCCAAGAAAAAUCACAAGUUUGGGACGUUUUCCAACAUCACAUUGGAGCAUGGAGCGAUCACAUAAAAUCGGUGGAUCAGAAGAUGGAUUUGCUUAAAAAAGCUCACGAAAGCAUACCUCCUUCAAUGGAUACUCGUUUAUCGAAUCUAGAUUUCAAGGUUCAGCACAUUUUCGACAAAGUCAACACGAUAAAUGAAAAACUGCACGACAUAACUAAAACGGUGUACGCCCUAUCAAGUUCUUAUCGUGGUCGGCGAAAUGACCGAGAGCCCAUUGAUCAGGACGCCGUUAUGGCGAAAAUCAGUAGCCUACAAAAACAGCUUAAUCGUUUGGAAACGAGCUCAACGAGCUGCAACAAGAAAAAUAACAACUGUAAUGGCAAAGCAAAAAAAGAGGUUCAAGAUUUUGAAGACGAUCUGGAUGAUUUCCUUGACAAACUAGCAACUAAAAAAUUGAAAGAUCUUGCAGCAAGUAGAAAGCAUGGUCGAUCACUUGAUAACCUUUCGAAUUUACUACGUUCAGUUGACGAACGCACGAUUAGAAUCUAUGAUUUGGAGGCUAAUCAGUUCGAACAAAUUUUGAGUUGCUGCAAACGAACUGAUCAUGAGAUUACAACGUUUACCAACAGUGCAGAUAUUCUAUUGAAGCGAAUAGAACGGCUAGUCAUCACAGUAGAUGGUAAAAUUGAACAACGAAAUAAUCAACAAUGUGUUAAUUUGGGCAUGGAACCGGCGGAAUCGGAAGACGUGUUACAAAUAACUACUGAAGGAAGUGGCGAUUCUGCUAAUACAGGAAUCGGGGAAGAAACUAUUGCGACCUCAACAGAAAAAGAAUUUGAGCCAACAACAGAAGAAGUCAGGAACUCCGAAAUUGUAGAUUUCCACCAGCCAAACAAGCAAGGAUGUCAUCAGCUAACGACAAGAAUAGACGGCGUCUACACUUUCAGCCAGGCUGAAUUAAACGAUGCCAACCGCGAUUUCAAUCGCCGAUAUUGUAAGUUCGCCACCGAUGGUCCAGCGUGGACUGUUAUUCAACGUCGCAAACCGAACGACCUUCAGGAAAAUUUCAAUAAAUCUUGGAACGAGUACAAAAAUGGUUUCGGCGAUUUGUCUCAUGAGUUUUGGUUUGGUAACACCUUUAUCCACAUGCUGACAUACGACGAUAAUGUAGAGCUGAGAAUAGAAGUGGAAGAUUUUGAUGGAAACAGGGCUUAUGCAGAGUACAAAACAUUCAGAAUAGACACGGAAAAAUUUAAUUUCAAUCUCAUGAUCUCAGACUACCAGGGUAACGCUUCCGAUGCGAUGGCAUAUCAUAACGAUCAAGACUUCAGCACAUAUGAUCGGGCAAACGACAAAUCCAACGGAUCAUUUUCGUGUGCUUUAAGUUAUGGCAGUGGAUGGUGGUUCAAUAAUUGUGCGGAGGCAAACCUGAACGGUAAAUACUACAUCGACGAUCCGAGGUCUCACAAAUCAACGGGAAUUUUAUGGGAGACGUGGCAUGAAGAUUACUCACUGAAAUCUUCCACAAUGAUGAUUCGGUCUAGGGAAAGCUGGAUUACGGAAGACGAGGAAGCUUCACAACCGCAGGAUCCAUGAAGGUCGAUGACGAAAUAACGCAUUUGUUUAAUAAUAUUCUUAUGUUUUUUACGAAUAAAAAAUGUAAAACGUUGGAUG